AAUAUACAGAAAAAGGUUCUAUGAUUGGUAGUAAAUAUUUGAGAGUAAAAUUACUAGAUAAAAAUAAAUAUGGUGAUAUUAGGGCAUUUGGUAAAAAAAAAAUUGAUGAUAUAAUCGAAGUUGUACAACCAACCGUAAAAAAGGAAAAAUCCAAGAUUCAAAAUCAAUAA